GUCUCGGGAUGCCGGAAUUGAGGGGGAGCGCGGAAACAACACGUCACAACAUGAAUCUCGUGAGGGCUCUGCAGUGCCUUUUCUCAUGGGCGUGUCUGGGAGCAUUCAUUCCGCAUCUGAGGGAUCACAUCCAGCGGUCCCCGGCCGGCCAGCUGCUGUCCUUUAUCGACAAGACCUUCCGCAGCAUCCACAAGGGCACGCGAACAGCCGUUGAGCACCGCCACCGCCAUGGCCGCAGCGCGCUGCCACGCCGCUGGAACGAGAAGCGCCGGGCUCCCGUGACCGAUGUGUUGCCGCAAUGCAUUUGGCCCGCCUACAACAGAACGGUAGCUCGUGCAUCCCUCAAUGCGGAACAUACACAGACGGUAGGUAAUUCAAUCCACUGACGGACGCAGAAUUGUCAUGGAUUGGAUGGUGGAGCACAGCAUUUGAUGGAAUGGAUUGGUUUGAUGGCUGUUGGUUUGGUCUUUGUGUUUUGUCCAGGUGCACGAUGAAGAUGUCUGCCUGCGCCGCGCCAUGACCUACUUGUUCUUCUCGCACGGCCCCAUCGCCAGCCCCGCCAGACCCCCGAUCACCCAAGACGCACCAUGCGACCAUCACAGCGACCCCGAAGAGCCAAUCCCAGCCAUGAGACCCCGUCCGUUCCAGCGCCGUAGACACCCACAUGCCGUUCGCCGACAAACUGACCCUCUGCUGCGCAUCGGGAGGGUCGUGUUUGAGCAGAUAAGGGGAUUCGUCAAGAGGAGCAACACCGCAGCCAGUGGGCAGCAGCCGCAAGAGCAGCAGCAGCAGCAGCAUGACGAGCAUGACCUUCUCAUGGAGGAGGGAGGGGGGUUCAAUAAGACAGUGCCCAACGACACAUCGGUGGAGAGCGUCAUCAGCGGCCUGGCCACACUGCUGGGCAAGCACCAGGGGAAGGAGAGCCCACACCACGAUCACCUGGACGUAGAGAUCCCGACUGCCAAGGGAUGGGUCCCCUCUCCUACCUGCGCCGUCCAUGUGCCGAUGAGCAGUACGGCUCUCCACCUCUCACGGGAGCUGAUCUUCUAUAUUUUGCCGGUGGUGGUGGUCGCUGUGAUCAUUACCGCGGGCAUCUUCUACGCCGUUGGCCGGCAGCAGAGAGGGUGGGAGAGAGGGGGAGGCAGAGGCACCAGGCCGCCAGAGGCUGCUGCCACUCGGCAGCGAAGGGGGCAGCCCGACGUGCCGUUCGGCCACAUGGCGCGGCACAUCGUCAAGUUAGAGACACGACUGUAAGACGGAAAGGACAAGAAGCCGUCUACGCACGAGUGAGUGUGGGUCUGUUGGUGUGUCAGUAAGGAGCAGGAGAAAGAGGCGGAGGAGAUGCACCGGCGGAGCCUAGAGCCAUAUCGCAAGACGCUGUCUGUCCGCGAGCAGCAGAUCCGGGAGCUGACGGAGCUGUGCUCACAGCAGACAGAGGAGAUACAUAGCGAGAAGGCCAAGUACGAGACGCAGAUCGACCGACUACACGCCGAGCUGGUCAGUCAGGGGGGACACACACACAGUCGCGUCUCAUGCUCCUCAACUCCCACAUGUGUCUGUUCUGUCAGGAGCAGCAGAAGAAGGAGUACAUCAAGUUACAGAAAAACUACGACUCCAUCCUAGAGGUAGCUGAGCAGCACAGCCAGACCGGCACCCCUACUGCACAAAGCUAGCUUCCUCAUUUUCCCUGCCUCUUCACUUGUCAGUUCAACACGAACCUGGAGCAGCAGCUGAGCAAAGCCUCCGGGCGACCCCUCUCCGAGCACGCCCAGAUCCAUCACCACCCCUCACCCCCACCGUCCAUGUCGCAGCUGCGGGCCCCUCGCAUCAUGGUCACGCACCAGCACACCAGGCUGGCCAAGACCACAACCACAGCAACCAUCAGCAGCACGCAGGAGACGUCUGUGACACCGCCCCCCGAGGAUGGGGGCGAGGGUGGGGGUGCGUGUGGCGGCAGGGAGAGGGAGAGGGAGGGCAAGAAGGAGGAGGACGGCCGGUGCUGUAGCAGGGAGUGCAUGUAGAGGGAGGGAGGGGCGAGAGGGGAGGGAGGGAGGGAGGGAGGGGAGAGAGCGCUUUUUGUCACGGGGGAUGUUUUUGUCAAGAGAGACUAGACCGUACCUGUAAGUGUAUUCAACGUAUUGCUGUCGUUUUGUACACUAGCCACUUGUCGCAUCAUUACGUGUAUGUCUGCGUGUGUGUGUGUGUGUAUGUAUCGGCCGCCCCGUGUUUUGUUUGUGUACAUAGCUCUUGUUUGCUCAAGAGGCCGACCCGACCCGCAUCCAUCCACCUAUUCGUGCCACCCCACCCAGCCCAGCCAGAGAGAGACAGCUAGCUGCCUGCGAGGAUAAUAC